AUGUCGGCUCCAAUUAUUGCAUCAAUCGUAGCUGGUUUUCCAUAUUCUGGAUCUGCCAACUGGAUCCCUUCAAGAUGUGGCCAAUCACCUUUGAAAAUUCCAGGAGAAACAGUAGUGAGCUUAGCCAAAACCAAAGCAGAUGGUAAAGUAAUACGCAAAGAUGGCGAAUACUCUGAACCGAUGCCAUCCCGUACACAUGUAACGAGCAUACAGUUUGAACAAGAUGGCGACGUCGUCACAGCGGAUAGUGAUGGCUUCAUUACGGUAUAUUCAGUGGAUGCGGAUGGAGCAUAUUUUGUGCGCAUGGAAUUUGAGGCACAUAAUAGGGGCAUUAGCUCUCUCGUCAUGUUAUCGGAAGGCACACUACUGUCUGGUGGCGAAAAAGAUAGAAAAAUAGCUGCUUGGGACUCUUUGCAAAAUUACAAACGCAUCACUGACACAAAGCUGCCAGAAUCGGUAGGUGGAAUCCGUAGUAUAUACCCGCAACGUCCUGGACGAAACGACGGAAAUAUUUAUGUGGGAACCACACGAAACAACAUUCUCGAAGGUUCUUUGCAAAGAAGAUUCAACCAAGUAGUAUUCGGCCAUGGCAGACAAUUGUGGGGUCUGGCGGUCCAUCCUGAUGAUGAAGUCUUUGCUACUGCAGGACAUGAUAAGAAUAUUGCUCUCUGGCGGAGGCACAAAUUAUUGUGGACUACACAGGUGGGUUUCGAAUGCAUAUGUAUUGCUUUUCAUCCAUUUGGUGUGGCAUUAGCAGCGGGGUCAUCCGAAGGUCAUCUUCUGGUACUUGCAGCUGAUACUGGUGCAGCCGUGGCAACAUUGAGAGUGUGUGGAUCACCUUUAUCUUGCAUUGGAUACAAUCCCACUGGUGAGAUUGUAGCCAUGGGUUCUCAAAACGGCAGCGUAUAUCUCUUUAGAGUAUCCAGAGAUGGAUUUUCAUAUAAAAAGAGCAACAAGAUUCGUGGUACACAACCAUUGAUGCAAUUGGACUGGAGUUCUGACAGCCGCUUUCUUCAAACCGUUACUCAAGACUAUGAUCUUGUAUUCUGGGAUGUCAAGGUCCUGUCAUCGGAGAAGAGCCCAUUGGUCAUGAAAGACGUCAAAUGGCAUACUCACAACUGCACUGUUGGUUAUAUGGUCUCUGGUUAG